GGCCUUUUUUUUUUUUAUAAUGGAGCACCUUUUCCAUUCAGCACUUCUCUUUCCUCUGUAAGCGAAUCUAAAGCCUGCUGAGUGGCUGGAUUGGGGGUCCCCUGCUCACCAGAAUAGUUUGAAGACGGAAAACAAAAAAGGCAGACUAAUGAUGUGUACGCUGUGUUGCCCCCAGUGAGGUGGAAAGGCUCCGUUUGAAUGGAGAGAAGCAAAGGCCAAAACAAGAUAAGAAUGUUUCGAUAAAGUCAGAAGAAUGACUUAAUCGCUUAAAUAUGGUUGCAUGGCACAGAGGAGUAACCUAAGGGCCGGCCCUUUAGCAAGCUUGUCCAAAAGAAAUUCUGUGUGAGUCUGUGAGUCUAUUGAAUAGACUAUAAGCUUGUAUUAUUAUUCCGCUAUGAACAGAUGCAUUGUGUAAUUUUUUUCUUUCCCAUGCACAAAUCAGGGAAAGGUAUUUCUCUGAUGCCGUUGUGCUAUAUUAUGCAGCGGCUCCACAAAGGAUGAGGCACAGUCUGUGGUUUCUAUGGCCACCUCUCUGUGAUCUCUGUGUCUUCGGCUUAUUUAUGAAUGGCAAAAAAUGAGAGCGGGAGGAGGGAGGCUGCGCGGGCCCGGGGCAGAGGCGGCCUCACGGCUCAGGUGGGUAGCUGCCUAUUACACGAUACCAGCUCCGCCAAGCCAGCGAAGGAAUGCGGACGGCCUAUUCCCAAUCUUUGAAGCCCACAUUAAAAUGACCGGUCUCCUCAAUCCCCGUCUCAUAUAAGCAGCAAACCAUGGGGCACAGAUAGUGGCUUCGUUUGAUCUGAAGGUCGCCAGCCCCUUGCCGCUGUUGAAAGAUACCUGGCCAGUGAGGCUGGCCCUUAUUUAAUAACAUGAAGGGGAAGCGAACUCUCCCUCUCAUAAUUAGGCCUAAUUACCAAGGAGGUGUUGACAGACGGGCCGAGACGAGACAAACUGGCUUUAUCCAAAGACUUAGAGUCAGAUUACCAGAGCUGUCUUAUCUAUUACAGAGGGAGUAGAAACCUCAAUCUUCUCUCUCUUCCCCUCUUUUUCUCUCUCUCUCUGUACCCUUUUCUAUCAUUCCCUCUUCUGACUUGUCUUGCGGCCCAUGUGAUGACUUGUCAUGCAGUGGCUGAAAUUAUGAGAUUCACUGAGUCAUGCUUACCCCAUCACAUCACAGAUAUGAGGGAGCUCUGACAUUUAACGUUGUAUUCACUGAACGAGCAUAUGAUGUUAUUUGUUUUGAAAAGAUCAUUUUCAAAAGUCAUUUUCACCGUUCUUGCAUCGGACGUGUGUGCCUCAUUGUCUUACAUUUUAGGAGGGGCUAAACAUUUUAGCAUUGCUAAGGCAUCCCACCAAAUGACAAUUGCUGCAUACACUCCAGGCUUAAGUGAAUCACUUGUGUGUUGUCAAGCAGAUGAUCACUGUUACUUGACAAGCCUGGUAUUUACUCAGGCUGUUUGUUUUGCCGCAUCUUUGGCACGGCGUAGGACAAUGGCAGGGUCUGCUCAGAGCGUGUGAUCGACAGUGUGUCUCCGGCUUGUUUUGUUUGUCUCUUUAGGCGCAUUGUUGUUUUGGCUCAGUGUUUGUGUUUGUGUGAGGAAGACCGCUCCUAGAGACUUGAGGGAUGCUAGAGGAGGUGUGCAUGCAUGAUUACAAUGUUAUGUGCAGACACCUCCACCCUUGUGAAUGGUGCCCUCUCCCCUUCGUGUUCAUUAUAAUCCCCUAUUUCUCUUUGUGUCGGAUUGACAGGAGGCUGAGCACAUGACAUUUGGGUGGGGUCGUCAGUGGGUGCGUACAUGAUGGCCAGACCUCCGCCGGACCCCCAGUACAUCCUGAGGGGGGUGGGGGCCGCUGUGAACACCCUCUACUUCAGCUGCAACAGGCCAGACCCCCCUCUUCUGUUCUCCGGCUCAACAAAAGGGGCUGUGCACAUAUGGAACCUGAACACAAGAAGGCCUGAGAAAGUUCUAGAAGGCCACGGGGGCUCCUCCGUCAUCUGGGUGAACACUCUGAGCAGAGAAACUGUCCUCAGUCAGGGCAGGGACAUGCGCGUGUGCCUGUGGCCGCUAUCUGAAGGCCGUGGCGGUGAGGUCUGCGACUCCCUCUACACGGGCAGUGUGGGCUUCUGCCAGUGUUCUCUGCUGAGCAGGGGGCCCAGCAGCAGUCUGCUGGCAUACGCCUCGGAGCAGAUGGAGGAGGUGAAGGUCAUGGAGUUACCGAGCAAUGUGCCAGUUUGCUCUCUGAAACCUGACAAGAAGCUGGGCAUGGUCAUGUGCCUGAAGAUAUGGCAGCCAGAUGCCGGCGAGGGUCCUCUACUGGUGGCGGGUUACGAGGACGGCUCGGUCCUGCUGUGGGAUGUGACCCAGGGGCGUCCCCUCAGCAGCCUGAGCGCCCACCCGGAGCCCGUCAUGUGCCUGGACUUUGACCCCGGUCGGCAGCGUGGCGUCUCGGGCUCUGCCGAGAACACCAUCCGCUCCUGGGCGCUGGACGGCCAACAGAACCUACAGCAGCAGGAGUCCGUGGAGCUGCUCAACCCCGGCAUCUCUCAGCUGCAGGUCCGUGGGGACGGUAAGAUCCUGGCCGCUGCCGGCUGGGACCACCGGAUCCGUGUGUUUGGCUGGAAGAGGCUGAAACCCCUCGCUGUGCUCAAGUGCCACACGGACAUGAUGCUAAGUGUGACCUUCUCUGACCAUGCUGACCCCACAAAGAGACUGAUGGCAGCAGGCUCCAAAGACCAGCGCAUCAGCAUCUGGUCCAUAUACAACCAAAACUAGCCAAGUACAUCACAAGCAAAGUUUAUCAAUUUGCAUCAAUGAGACUAGCAGAGACCAUUACAGACAAAGCUCAUCAGUUUGCAUCAGUGAGACUAGCAGAGACCAUUACAGACAAAGCUCAUCAAUUUGCAUCAGUGAGUCUCCUUUGUUGUUGUUAACCAGCUUUACUACUUUUCGAAGCAUCGUUGUAAUUUUCCUUUUUUAUCAAUGACGGUACUCUUUUUUUUAUAUAGCUCAGACUGAAUAAUCUCUUGUUUUUGGACGCCAGAUGAAACACUCCCAUUCACUGAUUAUCACAGACCUCUCUGGGAACACGCUCCAGGGUCAUGUCAGCCAUCCAAGAAUAAGCACUAAAUACGUAAAAAUUAUACCUCUGUACUCUCCUGCAAUUUGCCGUGUUAAAAACAAACACUGCGCUAGUGAAAAUGUUAUAUUUUAAUCUGACUGGUGCAAAGUAUUUCUCUUUUUUUUCUCCUCCAGUCCCUCAUGCUGUUUGCUUUUCUGCUCCAAGAGUUGCUUUAGCAAGCUUGAAGUUGCACCUGAGUUCCAAGGGUAUUGCAGCGUUCCCAACCCCCCACUCCAGCCCAAAUCCAGCCCCUCAGUUUACCAUUGCCCUCAAGUCUGACCCAGCCCGCAUUCAUCACACAGGGUUAAUCACUGGUCUACGGACAGCAGAGACAAGGCUGUUUGUUAGCAAGAUUCAUUGGAGGAGUUUACCUUUAGUUUUCCCUCCUGUUAGGUAGACAGUCUUUUCUGUGUUGUUGUUGUAGAAACAAGGCUGGGUUUCUAACUUGUGAUUCCUGCUGCAAAAAUGGUCAAAACAAAAGAUUUUUUACUUCAUCUGUUGUCUUCAGUGAUUAUUGACACAUCAUAGCUGUUUUCUUAACUUUUUGGAUGUUUAAAUGUAUUUACUUUCACUGUCAAAACAGGUAUGGGAGGUGUAAAUUAAAACUUGACAAAAUAUAA